ACACCCCUCGCCUAGUUUUAGAAUGGGGCACUGGGCGCACGAAGGGCAGGGGACUGGCCAAGGGACUCUGGGACUCUUGAUGUAGGAGGGACUUAGGGUGGUGGUCCGAUGGUGGAGGCCACCAAGCGACCUGUCGCGGAGAAACGUUUGCACAGCAAUCAUUCGGUAUUUUCUUAGGGCGAGUGUGCAUUUGGGGGGCUGAUGGAGACCGGAGAGCCCACGGCGCGGCUGCAGGCUGGGACGGCUCCCGCGCGAUAGCGGACCUGGCACGGCGCCCCCCAGCGGAGCGCAGGGACCCCCGCAGCCCCGCGCAUCUGAGGCGGACCUGCCCGGUCUCCAGAACAGCGCGCGCUCCCCAGCUCCGGGACCGUCGCGCGGGGACCCGGCCGCGGCCAGAGCGUCCUCUCUACUUCUCCCUCCGCGUCUCUGCGGAGCAGGUGGGAGCAGGUCUACACAGCCGGGAGCGGGACCAAGUGGAGCGGACCGUGGGCGGGGCCCGGGAGGUGUGGCCCUUGGGGCGGGGCGCACGGUGUCCGCGCCGGAGCCCGCGGGCGCCCCAGAUUCGGUGCCAAGAUGACCGCCAGCAAGCGAGUGGCGAAGGAGCUGGAGGAUCUGCAACAGGAGCUUCCGACUUACCUGAAGCACCUGUACUGUGAUGAUGCCAAUGUCCUGGUGUGGCAUGCGCUCCUCCUGCCUCACCAACCUCCCUACAACCUCAAGGCCUUCCAUCUGCGCAUUGACUUCUCCAAGGAGUAUCCAUUCAAGCCGCCCACGGUGAAAUUCACAACCAAGAUCUACCACCCCAAUGUGAGUGAGAGUGGGGAGGUCUGCGUGCCCCUCCUCAGCAAGGAGAACUGGAAUCCUUACAUCAAGGUUUGCCAAGUCCUGGAGGCCCUCAACAUGCUGGUGGAUAAACCCAAUCCCAGGGAGCCCCUGCGGGUGGAGCUCGCUGACUUGCUGUUACAGGACCCGGAGCUGUUCAGGAAGAAGGCUGAAGAGUUCACCCUUGAAUUCGGAGUAGACCGGCCCUCCUAAUUCCCAGUCUGACCCCUCUUUUCUUGGAUCCUUUGCCGGGUGGAAGGACGUACCUUGUGGACUUAGGCCAGAGCUCCUAGGAGGCUCACGCCCUGCUCAUGUCUUCCUUCUUAGCUGCUGCACAUGACUCUAUACAUGGGGUGGGAGUGGGGCUGCAGGCAUGUGCAUACUGUGUGGACUCAUUCCCAGGUUCAGCUGGCCACAGGUGUGCCCUUCCCACACCCUUGAUCUUCCCCAGAGCCAGCAGAGUUUAGGUGUGCAGAAUUAUAGGCCGUUUCUCCAGCUGUCCCUCUUAGAGAACAGGUCAUCUUCCAGACCAGCUGGUAGUAAACCAGAACCCACCAGGACCCAGGCAUUGAGGGGUGGGGGCAGAGGGAGACACGGUGGGAGGCAGGGUCCGAGGAAGACGUCAUAUGUUCCACUGAUUGAAAUCAGCCAAACUACUGAUAGGUGUGGACAGAUUUAGAUACUAAGCUUUUUGUUUUCCACUAAUGAACCACAAAAUGAAAAAAGUUUAUCCUCCAGAUCAGCAAUCUGACUACACUUUUGAAGACCACUGCUGUCCUGACAGGAGUGGGACCUCAGGCUGUGAGCUGUGUGCCCUCCAGGAUCCAGGGGGAGUCAUAGGACCCAUAUGCUGGCCACUCAUGAAUUGUGGCAUUAGGCCAGACUCCUCAGUGAGGGGACGGGGCUUUCAUCAGGAGAGAGGGCUGGGACUUAGCUGCCAUCUAGCAACUGGUAGGACCCUGUGGUGUGUUUUCUCUUGUAUAUGGAAGCUACAGACACCACAAGGGGAAAGAGUGAGGGGAUUUCAUGAAAGUGGAAGGGAGACCAGUAGAGGAUGGGAGGGAGGAGAGGGAAAGGGGAGGUAUUGGGCAAUGAAAUUGAUCAAAUUGUUGUAUACACAUACAAAUAUAAUGAACCCCACUGUUUUGUAUGAUUAUAAUGCAAUAAUAAUAAUACUCUAAUGAUAAUAAAGGUGUGACCCUGUUUCUCAUG